AGUAAACAUGGCGGACUCCUAUAAUCCGUUUUUCACCGACGACGACGAGGAACCGGUGGAGGACAGCAUUGUUGCUGCAGUAGAACCUCCCUCCAUCACUGCAGACGAUGGCGACACGGACAUACAAGUUAUUGAGACCGGUUCACCUUUGACCAAGGCUGCUCCUGUGAACGCUGGGAACGCUCACUCUGCCGAGCCAAGUUACGAUGCAAUCGCCGCAAAGUUGCUGAAGGAUCGAAUGGUUUUGACGGCAUUGGAGAUGCACACAGAGCUCAUUGAGAGUGGCCGUGAGCUCCUUCGUCUCAGGGACUAUUUCUCCAACCCUGGGAACUUUGAACGGCAAGAGAACUCUUUACAACUCAAUCCAUUACAUCGCACUUCCAGCGAGACCACCUUUGACUCGCUGGACCUUGCCAGGUACUCUGAUGAUGGCAUCAACCAGUCUGACGACAAGCAUGCAGUGUUGGAGUUUGAGCUGCGUAAGGCCAAGGAGACCAUCAAGGCGCUACGGGCCAACCUCACCGAGGCAGCUGAGAGUGAAGUUCCAUCACCAAUUCACACCAAUAAGACAGCUGAAGGCGUGAUUGCAGAGGAUACAAUGAAACCUUUAGAGCGUCGAGCUCUCAACUUUCUCAUCAAUGAGUUUCUACUGCAACAUGACUAUAAACUCACUUCGAUCACUUUCUGCGAUGAGAAUGAGGAACAGGAUUUUGAUGACUGGGACGAUGUUGGCCUGAAUCGCUCCCGCCCGCCAGACCUACUGCAUCUGUACAGGGACUACAGUAGGCAUGUCAUCCCUGCCAAGGAGACAGCAGAGGUGGGAUGCGGGGAGGACAGCAUCCUGGCAGAGCAGUCAGAGGAAGUGGAAGCAGACCUCGGAAUGGCCAUAGACGAGGAGAGACAGAAGUUGGAAUCACAAGUCCUUCAACUCCAAGAGGAACUCACAUCUUACACUGAUGAAAAUCAAACUCUCAAGGAACAAUUGCAGAACAUGCAAAAAGAUCUCGAUGCGCUACAGUUACUUAAAACCUCAACUCCCGGUGUGAGCCCUGUCGGUACACCACAUAAAGCACCAGCCGCUGGCUCGAUGGUCAGGGAGGCAGGAAGUGGUCCAAAACCCAGAACUGACAGUGAGAGUGCUGGGAACGGGGAAGACAUGGCCGACCUGGCCAGCAACUUACCUGAGGAAGAUGCUGACAGGCAAGGCCACAUGCCCACAAUACCGGGGGACGUCACUGACGGGCGUGAGGAGCAGGCCGAAAGAAAUGCAUCCACGAGGGAAUUGAGCCCAUUUGAACGGGCCGUCAAUGAAGCCGUCUUGCCUGUGAGAGAUGUCACCCAGGCACGCCUACGGGAAGAGGUAUCGCGCAUUGCAGAGGAUGGGGCUGGUGUGGUGCAGAUGCUUGCCCGUUGCUUACCUCACAUUGUACCCAACGUCCUCAUUGCUAAGAGGGAGGAGCUGGUUCCACUCAUCGUGUGCACGGUCACACUCCACCCAGAACCAAAUGAGAGAGACAAACUCCUCAAUUUGCUCUUCAAUUUGAUCAAGAAACCUGAUGAAGAACAAAGGCAAGUGAUCCUAGGUGGUUGUGUGGCAUUUGCCAAGUACGUUGGCCCCGAGCGAGCGGAGGCUGAACUGUUACCGCAGUGCUGGGAGCAGAUCACGCACAAGUUCCCUGAGAGGAGGCAGCUGGUGGCAGAGUCCUGUGGUGCCCUAGCCCCGUACCUACCGAAUGAAAUUCGAAGUUCCUUGGUGCUGUCCAUGUUACAGCAGCUUCUGCAAGAUAAGACAGACAGUGUGAGGGAGGUUGCUGUACGAAGUCUUGGGCUAGUCUUCUCUCUGAAUGAAGACACUGAUAAGUACAAUCAAGGUCUAGAGCUGGUGCUGUCAACUCUGGAAGACAGCUCCGAGAUUGUGCUGGGAGCCACCAGGCAAGUCUUCCUGCCAGCCUUCGCAUCCUGGGCCUACCGGCUGGGACGUCUGGAAUCCAACCUUAUCACAGCCAUACUGAAGAGACUGGAACUAGCAGCCAUUGAUCUGCAGAGAGCCAGUCGUGAGUCGUCCGUUGAUGAGAGAAAGCUCCAGCUCUUUAGCUCCACUCUGCAGUGUUUGAUUCCUGCAUUGUUUGCAUCAGUGCUACUCAGUGCACCAUUCAAUGACCAGGAAGAACCGGAUGAAGUCCCACAGUUAGAAGUGACUUGGUUCCUGAAGCCCAUGNNNCCUCUUCAUGAUAUAGUCAUCAUCGUUGGGGGCAAGGAGAAAUUGGCUACCUUAGUGCAGCGCUUUGAAACCUACCUCUGCCAGUCAGCCCCAGUGAAAGAAGACUGGACUAGCUACACAUGGUCCCUGAAUGAAUUUAUCCCCAGGUUACUAGAGGUCCUUGGACGUCUGGAGGCAGUACACAGAGACAGUGUCAAGUCCAUGGCCAAGCUCUUCCUGCACAUUUGCAGGACGUUUGGCAAGACAUUCACAGACUCAAAGAUAAAACCCAAGUUCCAAGCAGUGUUGAAUGUUCCAGAGGACCAGUUAGACUCCGAGACCCUGGUCCAGAUGCCCCUGACCAGGUCCACCUUGCCGGUCUACGCCGCCGGGGUGUUGGCCAGCUACAAUCGUGAGGAGGACCGCAAGCAGCUAUCCCAGUACCUCCAGGAAUCCCUGACCACCCUGGCUCUUAACGGCGCCCCACUAGACAGUAUCAGGGUCACCUUCUUGGAGUUACAUACCCACCCGACAUACCACGAGUUGCUCCUAGCUACUCUGUGGAGCUGUGUCGUCCACAAGUCUCCCUCUGUCCGCUCAGCCACAGCCAAGCUGUUUGGCGCACUAGUCAAGGGUAUCAAUGAGUCACUGGUAUCCGGUAGGGUGGUUCCAGCACUCAUCACAUUGUCAGGAGACCAAGAUAUGAAUGUGAAGAUAUCCACCAUUCCAGUGUUUGGAACCAUUCUGGAAAGUACAACUCAGAAGGAGACUCUGGAUAGAGUGUACUCUCAAUUCCAAACCUUCCUGGAUGAUCCCUUGUACAAGGAAGAGUACGGUUUGCUGGCAGAGGUCAUUCUCACCUUCGGCAAGGUCGGACCCAAUGCAGAACCCAAAUUCAGGGAUGAAUUUGUCCUUCCACGAUUGGCCGCCAUAGCCUACACCAAUAACAACACAGCCAAUGAGACGAGGCGAUCUGUCAUAGCCAUGUCACUGUUCAAUGCCUACAGCGCGCUGUCCUGUUGCUUCAUCUCCAAUGAUCUCAUCUGGGAGUCCAUGUUGCCGGGCUUACGGUGCCUACGUCAGGAUCUUGACACAGUUUCUCCAGAACACGAGGUUGUGGUUGCAUCCAUGAUCAAAGAGUUUGAAGCCAAACUUGGUGGAAAAGAAAGGUCCUCAUCAGUUACCUCUAGCAACAGUGCAACGAGUGGGUUCCACAGCGCCCUGCCUCACAUGAGCGAAGACACCAAGCGCACACUGCUCAACAAGAUUGGAGCCCAGCGCACCAAAGUAGCCAAUGUCUUUCACACACGGAAGAAGUGAGAACCGCCGCAGUAACACGCCAAUCUUUCCCCCCCUUUGAAGCAGUCUCCAAAUAGUAUCCACAUAUGGACUGGCAAUAAGGUCACUAGUGCUCAUCUAUGCUAGUCCAUAUACAUUAUAUUAUACACCUUUGUCCAAAAGAAGAAAGAAGCACUUCAGGGUUUGAUGAUUGAGGAUGCUGCAACCAGUCAAAUAUUUUAUGUGUAGUGCCAGAUUUGGCGAUCUACUUUGUAAAUUACAUGCACAUGAUGUCUUGGCACGCAUCUAGUCUUGGCGCGCAUCUAGUUCACACUGAUUCAAAUUUCAUAUCAUAGCUAGCUUAUAUUAGUGAUGCACAUCUAGUUUAUACUGACUCUAAUUUCAUACCAUAGCUGGCCUAUUCAGAAGGUCUGAUAGCAUCAUGCCUGAAUCUAGUGUAGAUUCUUGGCAAAAAAAGUGUUCGUUUCAGGUGAAAAACAUGUAAUUUCUUUAAAUACUGGUUAUUCGCCAAGUUUUGUGAAUUUACUUCGAGCAAGAUUUUCUGUCACUCCAUGAAAAUAACUCUCAGAUCUUACGGAGCUGAAUCGGCAGUCAUUGUAGGAUCUCAUCAGGCCAGUUCCUGUUUUACUUGGGGGAACCUUAACCUCAGUGUUUUUCCCCUGAGAAGUCAGCGUAUUCCAUUGGUCAUCUCAAGCUGAAUGUAGAGUUUGAACAAGACUUUUGCCCUCAAGAAAAGAACUAUCAACAGUUUUGUGUUUGGGAACUAUUUAAAGUACUUGGCCUGGAGUGGUUGUCAUUGACAACACCCGCUGCAUAUGCAUGCAGACAAGGGUUUUUGUACACAUCAGGGCUUGCAAUGUUCCAUUCCAAAUGCUCCUUUUUCCUUCCUUUUUUUUAGGGGGGGUGG